CGUUCGAGAGUGCAAGAUCAUCCAGCUCCGGCAGUAAUCGCAGCAGCAAGAGCCACAGGCAGCCACAAACAGCCUACAGAAUUCGCAGAUUUUCACGUAACGUUCAGCAAAAGUAAAAGAAUUCUUUUCAAAUAAAUUGAAUUGAAUUGUAGUUAAAUUUUUCUAACCAACUUUAAACGUGAAACACGCGUCGCUGCGACCUUUUUGCCCGGUUUUAAAAGCCACCAAACAAACAAUCAAAAAAGGCAGUCAGCCGCUUAUUAAUAAACAAUAAAGACAAUCCAACAAAAGUAUUUAAUGGAUUUUAAGUGUCAGUGACUCUUCCACACAAAAACUAUAGACCAACAACAAUAACAAAAAAAGAGCUAAAACACACACACACACGCGACGCUGUAUAAUCAGCCAAGAAACCCAGCGACAACUACAACGACAACGACAACAUCCACUGUUGGUGAUAAUAAAAGAACUUACAACAACAGCGAAGUCCACGCCAAGAGAACCAGUAUAAAGUUCAAUAUAAAUGGUAUAUAUUGGUAUAUAAGCAGGCAACAUAAGGUUGAUUUAAAUUAAACAAAGGAGGAGCACAGCACAGCACAGCACAGCAGAAGCAGCGCAGAUACCAGCGGAAACAACAACAACGACUUCGGUUUGUCAUUCAAGUAUUUUUGGUACAUACACGGCAUACAAAUGGCAGCCUACUUGGAUCCCACUGGCCAGUACUGAGCGCAGGAGUAGCAAGAACACAGUCCAAAAGCCAACAGCUAUCGACCAGCUGAAAAAUCUGCACAAUUAUAUCACUCUCUCCCCGUACAAAAUACCAAGAAAUUACCAUGGCUGCCUAUCUGGAUCCCACUGGUCAAUACUGAAGCAGAGCACCAUCACAGAGCUAUCAAAAGAUAGAGCUACCAAUAUUAUCUAUCUCGUUUAAAUAUCAUUAUAUCAAACUCAAAAUGUCGCUCGCUUUGGAUCCCACUGGCACCUACUAAGCCACAAGGUUAACGCAACCCAUCUCUAUAUCCAGCCAACAGAUAACUGGCUGUACAGCAAAGAAAGAAAACCGUUUAGGUGCGCAGAAGAAGAGCUAUAGAAAAUCAGACAAAAUGCUGGAUCCCACAGGAACCUACCGUCGACCACGCGACACAAAAGACACGCGCCAGAAACGGCGUCAGGACUGCCUAGAUCCCACCGGGCAGUACUAAGGAUCACAACAUCCAUCCCCACACAACAUCAACAGCAACAGCAACCAGAACCCCGAUACCGCCUUUGCCUUAUUCAAACAAUUCUGGGCAUGAUU